UGAUUUUGCAUUUCCGGGGAGGAGAACUGUUUGUAAAAAAACAGUUCUCCUCCCUGUCAGCUCGUGCCCACUGCUUUGGAUGGUUGUGCACCACAGCCAUGCAAAGCAGUGUGCUUACAGUGAAGCACACAGACCAGCAUUAGUAAAACAGCACACAGUUAACCCUUUCAUCGCCCCUCAUGUUAACCCCUUCUUGCCCAGUGCCAUUAGUACAGUGUCUGCUUUUAUUUAGCGCUGAUCACUGUAUUGGUGUCACUGGGGAUGUCAGUGACACCAAGUCAGUUCCCCCCAGUGUCAGAAUGUCCGCCGCAGUCCUGCUAUAAGUCGCUGAUCGCUGCCAUUACUAGUAAAAAUAAA